UUGCACAGGGAACAUGGAGAUAUUAAAUUUGAUUCAAGCUAGAUUUGAUAAAGGUAAAGCCACUUCUGGCAACCUCCGCUUCCAAAGGUCACAACCUGUUUGGGUUUCAGGCUGAAGCGAACCUUCUCGAAAUUCUCCUAGAGCCGCCACUCUUGGUUGCAUUCCAGGCUACGACAAGCCGACAAGAGCUCAGACGCCAUACAAGCAAUGCAGGUCGUACGCACAACUUAGAUCAUGCGGAUAGCCACGGAAGAGCUUGUAAACACCCACAACGGCAUGGGAAGCAAGCAUCGCCAGCCAUAACCCGCGCAACAGCUGGACACAGGGUUGGAAUAGCCACCAUCGUGCUGCUGCCUCCACGAUCGCUCUCCAUUCGAGUGUGUGAUUAUAAUUACAAAAGCUGCUGCAUCGAUCAAAAAUUCUUCCGACGGGACGCCGCCGCCUAUGUCGCCUUCUUGUUUCCGCGGCGUUUGAAGGCCAUUUUGGGUUUGCCUGCACCCCCCUUGUUGCCGGGCUUCUUGUUCGAAAUGUGGUUGCCUAGCAAGCGCUUCACAGGGUGCUCAGACUUCUUGUUCGUGUUGGUGCGGUUCUUUCCAAGAGACAGCCCUUUCACGCCCUUCAUGGUGACGUUGAAGAGAACGUUACGCUUGUCCUGGUUCUGGGUGGACUUGGCCUUGUUGUUCGACGGAGAAAUCGUCUUGUGCGCUGUGUUGCCACCGUUGCCACGUUGGAUCUUGAUUUGGACAUUCUUCUUCUUCUGUUGUGUUUGGGGUUGUUGGGUGUUGUUUUUCUUCUUGGGCUGGUCGUUUUUGUUUUGCUGUUUCUUAGGCAGGUUGUUCUUGUUGUGUUGUUUCUUGGGCUGUUCGUUCGACUGGGACUUCUUUUGGGAGUCGAUCAACGUAUCGUUACCAGACACCUUUUGCGCCUUGCUCGUCUUCUUGCGAAGGCGCUUACGUUGAGAGGGAGUUAAGGAUGACGCAGCAACAUCUUGCGUUGCGGGCUUCGUGUUGGCACCGCCUACCUUCUUCUGCUGCUGCUUCUUCUUCUGUGCAACGGGUGCUUUGUCAGGCAGCCCUCGCUUUUGGUUCAACGCUUUCGUCUUCUUGGCCUUGACGGUCAAGUGCUUGGCAGAUUUCGCGGCGUCGCCUUUCUUGACUGACUUGUUCUCUUGCUUGAAGGCAUCUCGGCGCUGCUUGAUCAAGUCGUCGAGGGACAGCACCAGCUGCGCUUCCACGGGCUUGAAUGCGUUCACGUUGACUGCCGCCAUGACGUUCUGGUGAUUCUCUGGAACGACUUGCGAUGAAGGCUGGAAA